AUGAUUAUAUUUACCAUUGUUUAUUUAUCUGUCACUCAACUAUCUAAAGCUAGUUUAUAUGGUGUACUCAAUAUUUUUACUGUUAAUUUUAAUGAUAUUUCAGUACAACAUUUAGACAAAGAUUCAACAAAUUAUAUCCUUUUACAAAAUAUAACUGAAAAAGAAUCAGAUCUAAUAAAUGCCAAAUUAAAAAUUUUUUUUGUUCAAACAUCUGAGAAUGAAGAUAUUCUUUCACGUCAUGCUUGUUCAAUUGAAUCAGCUGCUCGUCUUCAUUCCGAUGGUUUAAUAUUUGUUCUUAUGCGUAGUAAAUAUAUUCUUAGAAAAUCAACAUCAUAUAAACAUUUAGAAUCCUAUGAAAAUCUAUAUAUUGUUCAUUUUAAUGAAGAAGAUAUUUAUUCUGGUACAUCAUUAAGUCGUUUAAAUCAAACAAAACGUAAACAAUAUAUACAUUAUUUUUCUAUAUCACAUAUGAGUGAUUUUAUUCGUACAGCACUUUUAUAUAAAUAUGGUGGAAUUUAUUUUGAUCUUGAUGUAAUACCCUUAAAAAAAUUUCAUGAAUUUUCAAAUACAGUCGCACUUGAAACAUCUGUUGGUGUUAAUGUUGCUGUUUUAGUUUUUGUAAAACAACAUUUAGUACUUGAUUUACAAAUGGAUAUACAAUUACAAACAAUUUCAAAUCAAUUUCAUGCAUUAUGUUGGAAUUGUCUUGGACCAUCAGCUUUAACUGAUGCAUUAAAAGAUGUUUGUGAUCAUCAUCAAUUAUAUAUUCAUCAAAAAGAUAAAUGCCAUGAAAUUGAUAUACAACCAUCAUAUGUAUUCUAUCCAAUACCUUAUCAACAAAUUCCUCAAUUCUUUCGUCGUUCAUCCGACAAUGUUAAUUAUUUAUUAAAAAAUUCAAGUAUUUAUUCAAUACAUUAUUUUCAUCAUAUGACAAUGAAUAUACCUAUUGAAAUAAAAUCACCAUUUGCUCAAAUAGCUGAAAUAUAUUGUCCAAAUGUAUAUAAACAAUUAAUGAAUGAGAAUUUAUCAAAUAAUUCAUCAAAUUUUUUAUUAACAAAUACAAAUAUUAUUUUAUUUUGCUUAUGUAUAUCAUUUUUAUGUAUUUUUAUAUUAAUUUUAAUUGGCCAUUUUUUAUCUUAUAUUUCAAUUUUUCGAAAAAUUAUGUUUGCCAUACGACAUAAAUUUUAUAAAACACAUUUUUAA